AUUGAUGGAGUAGUGAGUGUGGGGGGUUGGGCAUUUGUGAUUAGCUUUGAGUUGAUCCCUCUGAAGCAGAUGGUGAAUGGUAGCUUACCUAGACGCCUUGAAUCCCAGGAGUUAACGGUAGCAUGUGUCCAUGUGGAAGGAGUAACACCGAAGUUGAGGAAGGAAGAAAGAAAGCCUUAUGAGAAAAGACUGCAGGAGGACGGCCUGAGAUCGCAACUGGAUGCCACAUCAUGUUGCUGAGGACAGCUGCCAUUGCACUGCUGCUUUGCGUGCAGUCUCUGCAUGGCUCCGCUCUCCCUGCCGUGUCGUCCUAUGAGUUCACUGCCUAUAGGAUGCAACAGUACAACCUGGGACAGCAUAAGUAUGGCUGUCGUGGAGCCAUUGUUGUUGCAGAGGCACGCUCAGCAGAAGAGCCGUCGCUAACCCGCCGCUGUGUGAUAAUGAAGGUGGAAGACUUCACUACAGAAAAAUACUCCGAGGCCCAGAGACAAAAUGCAGCUGCCAUCCUGAUCCUGCUGCCCCAAAAUAUCUCCAGUAUCCCUCACAAUGCAGUAGAGUCCUUUAUGGUGAGUGAAAGCGAGACCUUGCAGAAGGAGACUCUCAUGCCAGUGUAUGUGGCACCUGAGGAUGAACAGCUGCUCUACAUGUAUGAGGAGGUUAAACAGGCUGCAGCCACCCGGACAUCAUCCAUUUUUGUCAGAGUCCUCCGCAGUAUGGUCACGGCUACAGCUUUUCAGAUUUUAGUGAUCAACAAUGCCCCAAUUAAGGCCACCACUGACAAUGCUAUAAUCACACUGGAGGGAGUUCUUCUAGGAGCAGUAGAGGAUGCACCCACUAUAGUCAUCGCAGCCCACUAUGACUCUUAUGGGCUUGCCCCUUGGUUGUCUUAUGGAGCAGACUCAAACGCCGGUGGUGUCACAAUCCUAAUUGAGUUGGCCCGUCUCUUCCAAAAACUCUACAGUAGUCCCAGAACCAGACCACAAUUUAAUUUAAUGUUCUCCUUGACCGGAGGAGGAAAAUACAAUUUCCUUGGAACAAAGAGGUGGAUUGAAGAGAAUUUAGACCACGCUGAGUCCAGCCUUCUCCAUGACAAUGUGGCAUUUGUCCUGUGCUUGGAUACACUGGCCAAUGGCGAUGAGCUGUACAUGCACGUCUCCCGCCCUCCUAAACCCGACACGCCAAUGCAGUCUUUCAUUCAACAACUGGAGGAGGUGGUUUCCUCCAGAUUUCCCUGGGUGAAGGUGGGGUUGGUUCAUAAAAAGAUCAAUCUUGUGGAGUCUACUGUAGCCUGGGAGCAUGAGCGCUACAGCCUACGCAGGAUCCUGGGCUUCACUCUGUCUCAUCUGGAAGAUCCUAAAUCUGAACUUCGUGGCUCUAUACUAGACACCAUGUCAAAAGUGGAUUUCCGGAAACUUAAACGUAAUGGCAUCAUCAUAGCAGAAGCGCUGGCCCGCUACAUGUACAAUCUCUCUGACAAGGGUUCACCGAAGGAUGUGCAAGUUUUCAAGGGCCAGCUGGACAUUCAGGACAGUCGUAUCUGCAGUUUGAUGUCCUUCCUGACAUCAGUCCCUCGGGCUACUCAGCUGCUGGAUAAGGAACCCAGUCAUAUCUUGCUGGUCAACUCACUGGAGCACGAAUUCAAGCGCUAUCUGCAGCAAGUCCACAGACACACCUUCCGACAGGACAAGAGGGAUCCUGAUAUUACCUUCUUUGAUCAAAUGAGCCAACCAAUAGUCAUGUACAGAGUGAAGCCUGCAGCCUUUGAUCUGUUCCUGGGAGGCUGCAUUGCAGCUUACCUGGGUAUUGUUUACUAUGCAAUCCAGAAUUUCGGUUUUCUCUACACAAAACUAAAAGCAGCAGUUAAAAUGAAGCACCACUGAAUCCACUACGACUACAACCACCGACUCCAUGACAAGCCCUUUGAAGUCAGCUCUGCACAUGUUGGACAUUUGCCGGCUGUGCAGCAGGAAGCCUCUUUGCAUGAUCAUAUGCAUCUCAUAUAAAGCGGGAAUUUACUUUGAAAUGUAUAUUUUUUGUUUGUUUGUUUUUUAAAAAAAAAGAUGUUUGUACCUUUCAUUACACUUGAAAUCACUUAACUGUGAAAAUUACUUACAUUAACAGGCUCAGAGUGUGUCGUUUGAAACAAAAUGAAACGAAAUAAAGAAGUUGUUUGAAGCUGUAUGAAAACUGUAUCAAAGCUGGGAACGCACAGCCCUGGAUCUGAUUUGAGCUCCUGUGAAGGACACUCCUGCCAGAUCAUUACUAUGAUUCCCCAUAUCCUCUGCUCUGCAUCUGUUCGCGUGGAUUUGACUGGGCUUAACAUGGCUGUCAAACGAGGCCCCAACCGCUUCACUAGAUGAACAGCCAGUUCCUGUCACAGAUAAGUCAGUGAGAGCGCUGGAGACACAAAGGCACCCUACAGCGCUUGGUAAAUUAUUAAUGCUUAUGUGGCAAGCUGACAGUGAACAGAGGUGACACUGGGUGGUGGUGGUGAAGGUUUUUAGAAGCCCCAUUUCUCUGCUGUUUCACUCCUUUUCUGCUGAUCUGAUAGCGCCUAGUUUGUUUUAACUACGAGGCAGCAUAACGGCCAGAAGUGUUGAGAUCAGUGUUGGCUUAUUUGUAAAGGUCCCUGGGAGGGAAAUAGGUCAUGGGCUGUGACCCCAGGCAUGUGUGUCUCUGCAGGGGGCUUGCAGCUAAGGAGGAUUAGUGGCCGAGUGCUCAGGUAGCACAAAGAGUUUUUCUGCUUCAGCAAGGAUGCCCUUAAUCUGCUUUCCUUCCAACAGAGUACAUUAAUCAGAAUACCUCCAGGUUAAACAAAAAGUUUUAUCAGUUUGGAGGCUGACAGGGUUUCAUGCAGGAUUUAUAACUGCUGAUGCAAGAGAAAUGUCAUGUUGUUAUAUAAAUACAGAAUAAAUAAUAUAUAAAUAUGACAGUGAAAUAUUCACACUCCAGGAACAAUAAUACCCCCAAAAAUAUUAGACAAUAUUUCCAAAAAACAAACAAACACACAGACAAAGGUAAUAAAAAGAGGAGGUACAUGUAAGGAGGGGUGGGGUGGAGUUAGCAGGUGUCAGGGGGAGGUGAGUGAUGCUGCAUGCUCCAUUCAGGCAGACUGGAUGUAAGCAGUGGAAAAGUAAGUAAGGCAGUCAGUGAAGAUGGUUCCCCAACUAUACAUCACAGUGUACAAUGAACAGUUCAGAUCUCCAGGCACAGUGAAAAGAGCACAACUUCGACCGACCUCUGCCCACCGUAGGAACAACCCUCAGCCCCGGGCGGACUUUCUGUUUCCCAGGAGCCUUCAGUCAAACAAUAGGUCAACCCAUGCACUUCUUCAUCCCUUGCCCCCUGUGGACUUCGGCCGCCCUCUUUUCCCCCCUGUCAGACAUUUUUCAUUUCACGGUCCUGUUACAACUUGUUCUGACAGCUAUCUAAAUACAACCGACAAAACACAACACAUGCCCCCUGUCAACCCAUCAACAGUACAAGCCAUGCCCUCUGCUGAUAAACUGCAGAAACUACAACUGACUGAGCCUUCCGCCAGCACUGACGUCCACCUCAGCACUGCUUUGAAGAGCCCACAAAGCAGACUGGGUUAUCAAAAGCAUGUCCAUCCACUCUCAACACAGCAGCUCAGGCAAAAUACAGCUGCUCCGCUUCAAACAAGGGCCCAGACUCCUGCAGCUCCUCGCAGCUUUGCACGGACAAAAUACCAGAGGUGCUGUUCUAACAGCAGCCGGGAUAACAGCAGUGGUUGCUACAGCUGUUUCCAUGUGGUGAAGCCCUACCAAGCUGGACACUACAUCAUACACCCAGAGUUUGUGUCUGAAAGCCUUUAUUAGGAUUAUUAGAGCUCUGGCUUCCAAGAUGGUGAUUUGGGGGCCCGAAGAGGUCCACAGAGAGCCUGAGGCUACUCUUCAGCACUUGUUAACUUUUCCUUAAUUCUCUGUUAAUUAACCCAGUGAGACAAGGUGUAAGAGUGAAUCAUGUAGGGUGUACAAGCACAGCUGUUAUCUCACUGUGUAAUGCAAGGAAACUUUUGCAGUUAAGUGCUCAAUCGGUACCAAAGAUCUUCUCAUGAGAUGGUUUUGACGAUCAAAUGAGGCUCUGAGGCCCUAAUGUGCUGUACGUGAGUUUUUGAAAUUUGAAUCUUCUGAGGAAAACGUGUGUCAAUCUUUAAAAGGGAAUCAGUACAAUGAUACAGUAUGAUGUCGUCUUCAACUACCAGAGCAAAUGCAGUGAAAGAGUGUCACUGUCGAUACAAAUAAAGGAAGCAUUUCCCUCACUUUGUUAAGGGUCUACUUCUCACUUCUGUAUACACUGCACUUUUUUGGUAACUUUUAGGUUCAUCGGGUUCUUUGUGAAGUAUUACGUAAUUUGCUCAUGUCUAUGCAUGCCACACUGUCACAUGCGCAGCAGAAUGAGAAAACACAGAGCGCUGCUUUUCUGCUGAACUACAUUUCCCAGGCGUUUAUGGACGUGUGCAGGGCGGAGACCCAGCAGCACGCUUUGAUUCCUUUCACGGGCUGUUUGUGUGAACAGAGGCAAACAAGUUGUACUUUGAGUCGACGGGGGGACUGCUGCUGAUCGGAAGAAAAACAGAUGUGACAACCUUGCAAGUGUCAAACAGAAGAGGUUUCCUGUAAAACAUAUUGAUGAUCUGUGGAAAAGCUACUUUUGGAUUUGCACAUUGAACA